GAAAAAACCCCCUCAUUUUCUUUGCUUGAGCAGCUCAGUUCCUGUUCUUGGGUUUCUUCUCUCGAUCACAUCCUAAACAAACAACAAGGAAUCGAAGGUUAGCAACAAUGGAGAAUGCUACACAGAGGGCACUGUCGACGAAGGAGGCCGAUAUACAGAUGAUGUUGGCAGCCGAAGUCCACCUUGGCACUAAGAACUGCGACUUCCAGAUGGAGCGCUACGCUUUCAAGCGCCGCAACGACGGUAUUUAUAUAAUCAACCUUGGAAAAACAUGGGAGAAACUUCAGAUGGCAGCUAGGGUUAUUGUGGCGAUUGAGAACCCCCAUGAUAUUAUUGUUCAGUCUGCAAGACCCUAUGGUCAGAGAGCAGUCUUGAAGUUUGCCCAAUACACUGGAGCCCAUGCGAUUGCUGGACGUCACACUCCGGGUACUUUCACCAACCAGCUUCAGACUUCAUUCAGUGAGCCUCGUCUUCUCAUCCUCACUGAUCCAAGAACUGACCAUCAGCCUAUUAAGGAAGCUGCAUUAGGGAACAUUCCAACCAUUGCUUUCUGUGACACCGACUCCCCAAUGCGAUAUGUUGACAUUGGUAUACCUGCCAAUAACAAAGGAAAGCACAGCAUUGGUUGUCUGUUUUGGCUGUUAGCAAGGAUGGUUUUGCAGAUGCGUGGUGUUAUUCCACAAGGGCAUAAGUGGGAUGUGAUGGUGGAUUUAUUUUUCUACAGGGAGCCUGAGGAGUCUAAGGAACCACAGGAAGAGGAAGUACCAGUGGCCCAAGAUUAUGAGUAUUCUACUGCUGCUACUGCUCUUGGGGGUAUUUCAGAUCAAUGGUCUAACCAAAACCCUGAUGUGCAAUGGAGUACUGAUGUGGGUGCACCUUCCAUUCCAGCUGUCGUUGAUGCUGGUUGGCCCCAGGAUGCUGUGGCAGUUUCUGCUGAUGGAUGGGAUGCUGCAGCAGCUCCGAUUCCUGGAGCUGCAGCUGCAGCUGCAGCUGCAAUUGGUGUUAUUCCUUCUGGUCCUGCAACCGGUUGGGACUAGGAAAGACUUGCCGGAUGGGCAAAGUUGGAUUUUUUUUUCCGUCUUAAACCACUACCCUCCCUUUCUAAUUUCUUGAGCUUGGAUUAUGGUUGGACUUCUAGAUUUGUGUGAUGAUGAAUGGUUUUGAACAUUGUUUAGUUUUAGGAAUUUUUGGCUUUUGGGACCCAAAGUAGUGUUAUAUUUUGAUACAAAGGAGAAUUGUAUGGAUGAGGUGAUAAGGUGUUAGCACUCUAGUUUUAUUGUAGUGGUGUGCUAUCUGAAUGAGCUACAACCAUUCAUUACCGAAUGAGUAACAUUCUUGAAUAGCUUAUGCUUCUGCAGAGAUUGAAU